AUGGACCCCAAUACCCAAGACGAGAACUCCUACGAUUAUGUCUUCAAGAUUGUCAUUGUGGGCGAUUCGGGUGUUGGAAAGACAAACUUGCUCGGUCGAUUCGUUCACGACACCUUUGACCUUUCUUCAAAGUCGACCAUUGGUCUCGAUCUCAACAUCAAAAACAUGAAAGUCAAGGACAAGCUUGUACGUGUUCAGUUAUGGGAUACUGCUGGUCAAGAACGAUAUCGAUCCAUCACGAAGCGGUAUUAUCGAGGAUCAGUAGGGGCAUUGCUCGUAUACGACAUUACUCGACAUGACACUUUUGAGGACAUCAUUCGAUGGUUGAACGAGAUUCGAAUGAACGAUGCUCAUCCGGAGACUGUCAUUAUGCUGGUGGGCAAUAAAUCGGAUCUAGAGCAGGACCAACGUGCCGUAUCACAAGAUGAAGCUGCCAAAUUCGCAAAGGAUCAUGGUCUCAUGUUUAUGGAAACAAGUGCCUUGGAUAGAAGCAACGUCAAUGAUGCAUUCGAUACCCUCAUACACCAAAUCUUUGACAAGCUAUCAAGCCGUCUCACAACCUUGAGCGACAAACAAGCCAUGUUGAUGCGUGGUGAAACUAUCAAGCUCGAUCAUACCCCGUCUUCAGCAACAACAGGUCCCGGCAAUCAGAAUGGAUGCGCUUGUUAA